AUGUCUUCAUUUCCUUCUUUCUCUCAAAAGCAUCUUUCUGGUAAUCGAUUCCAAAUUCGAGGAUUUCCAAAAAUUUGGACAGACAAGCUUACUUUUGACGAUAUUGCGUGGUAUUUGUAUGAUUUAUUGGUUAAAUAUGGAGCUAUUGAGAAUAUUGUGAUUAGCUGUUCUAAGAGGGAUAUGGUUGUUUAUGGAAUUGUUGAUAUGAAAAGUGGAAAGGGUAUUGCUCGUAUUAAGAAUGAAAUGCUUGAUAAAUAUGGAAAGUUUUAUUUACAAAAUUGGGAUGCUGCUUUAUCUUUUCGACAAGUCGAUGCCGACACAACCAAAAAGCUCGAGGAUUUAACCAAAAAAAUUUCUUUGAAGGAUUUAGUUAAACAAUUAACUCCACCACAAAGUACCGAAAGUUUUCAUUCAGUUAAUACUGCAGACAAAGCAAUAGCUGAUUCUUCUGAUUUUGUUUAUAGCCGGGAAUUUCUUUUGAGCUUGCGUGGAACGAUUUCUCCAUCUCGUUACCAGACUGACCCACAAUUUUCUGAAAUUCUUCGUUCUGUUGAAAAUAUUGAUUAUGGCUAUCCAAAUGCUCGAAAUAAUAAUUAUAGAAGUAAUAAUCGCAAUUUUCGUCAAAAUGAGACUCGUGGAGGUUUUAAUUACAACAAUGGAAAUGUAUAUUUUUUAUUAAUUAUUUUAAGGGAAAUAAAGAAAAUUGUUUAA